ACCUCCUGAACAGCAACAUUGGUGAUGACGUAGACUGCGCUCAGACAAUCUACAAGCGGCAGGGAUUCAAAGCCUGGUACGCUUGGAGGGCCCAUUGUGAGAAACAGGAUCUGGAUAAGUACAUAGCCGGGUGCUUCUAGAGGUUCCUAGGCCUACACGCAACUGAAGAAGUCUCCAGUGGACAGAUGUGAUAGUUGUUGACAACUUAGAUUGAUGGUGAUUCUGGAGUUGACUCCUCUAUUUUGAGAUUGACACACACACCAAGCAUAUUAUCAUGCACUAAUAUCCUGCCAGCAACACACAGCAACAUAUAUAUAUGUAUAUAAAAUAUAUAUAU